AUGUCUAAGGUCUUUUCAUUCCUAGUGCUAGCUUUUCUUUUAUUUGUUGCAUCUGAUGCAACCAACAAAAUUGUGAAUAUCAGUGAGAUUUGCAAGAAAACUACAAACCCUCCAUUAUGUUUAGACGCUUUCAACUCAAGCACAAUUGGAAAAGAUCUUGUUAGUCUUAGCCAGGUCUCAAUUGAAACGGUUCGUGCCCUUUUGUUGGGCGUAGUUUUUGAACUCAAAACUUAUGUUCCAGUAAGUCCUGUAGGUCCAAAGGCAAAAGCUCAUUACAAAAAAUGCUUGGAACUUUUUGGGGAAGAAGGUGCUCUUAGUGAUAUUUAUGAUAGUGAACAGGCUUUGAAGAUGAAGGAUUAUCUUGAUAUGGUUGUGCACGCAAAUGCUGUCUCGGAUCGAAUUAGAGUUUGUGUUUCAGGGUUGUCUCCCGGUGAACCCCUUUUUCCUAUUCCCGACUUACUUCCUGGAUAUAGUCAGAGUCUUGAGGCGAUUAAGCUGAUGAUUUCAAUUAUUCAUAUCAUAUCAAAUGACUUGAUGAGAGGUUAUUGA